CGCAUACUGUCAUAAGCUGUCACCGCCAAUUCAUUCAUCAUGCGUGCUUUUCGUCCAUCUCCAUCCUGUUCAUUCAUCUUAAGCUUUGUCGUUGCCGAGCAUUCGUGCGAUUCGGCAAGCCAUGUGUCCGUCUUCGCAGGACGCAAUGGUGGAAUGGAUGAAACAAGAAACAGACAGUCCAAAAUGUGUAGCAGUACUAUGCUAGGGUCCGUCUAUAUUUUUAGCUGUCUACCUAAGAGCGCGCUGAGAUAAAUAUCUUUAGCUGUCUACCUAAGAGCGCGCUGAGAUAAAU